ACAUGUUAUAAUUGAUUUAUCCCCAAAGGAAUGAAAGACAGUAAAGAGUUUGCUGGGGAGUUGUUCCAAGCCUUGGCAAGGCGCAGAGGAAUCGACGUUGAAAACGGAAUCACCCUUGAUGAUAUGAGACUCUUCUGGGAAGACAUGUCCAAUAAUGAUCUCGACACACGUCUACAAAUAUUCUUCGACAUGUGUGACAAGAAUGGUGAUGGUCAGCUAUCAGAAGAGGAGGUGAAGCAGGUCAUUAUAAUGAGUGCAGCAGCUAACAAGCUCUCCACUUUCAAUCAAAACGCAGCCAUAUAUGCAGCUUCAAUCAUGGAAGAGCUUGACCCAGAUCAUUUAGGAUAUAUAGAGAUGAGACACCUAGAGAUUUUAUUGAGAGAGAUGGUGGGAGGAUCCUCAUCAUCAAGCGAAAUGCACAAAAAAAACAGUUUGGCCAAGAGAACACGGUCGCUUGCAAAAACCAUGAUUCCUAGGCAAUAUAGAAACCCAGUCAGCAAAUUCAUUGCAUUGACCAAAGAGAAGAUGCAUGACCAUUGGAAGAGAAUAGUAGUUCUCAAUAUUUGGAUCAUUAUAAACCUCCUCCUCUUUGUUUUCAAGUUCAUGGAAUACAAACAUAAAGGGGCAUUCCAUGUCAUGGGUUAUUGUGUCUGUUUUGCCAAGGGUGCUGCAGAGACUCUCAAGUUCAACAUGGCUCUCAUUCUAUUACCCGUCUGCAGAAAAACCUUGACAAGGCUUCGCGAGACCUUCCUCGGCAAUGUCAUCCCUUUCGAUGAUAACAUCAAUUUCCACAAGAUAGUCUCCGUUGCCAUUGUCAUUGGAACAGCUAUUCAUACACUCACGCACGUCACGUGUGACUUUCCCAGAAUAACCUCAUGCUCGCCUCACAAAUUCGACAGGAUCCUUGGCCCUUCCUUUGACCACAAGCAACCUACUUACGCUGACCUUGUUCGGAGCAUUCCGGGUGUAACAGGAAUCCUCAUGGUUAUUAUCAUGAGUUUUGUCUUCACACUGGCUACUCAUUCAUUCAGGAAAAAUGUUGACAAGUUACCAUGGCCCUUGAAUUAUUUGGGAGGUUUCAAUGCCUUUUGGUAUGCGCAUCACUUGCUGAUCUUAGUCUACGUCCUUUUCAUCAUUCAUGGAUACUUCUUGUUUCUCACCCACGAAUGGUACAAAAAAACGGUAUGAUAUCCUUAGCUCUA